AUGAACCUCCACCUUCAUCUCUCUAUCUUCUUCGUUAUUCUCUUCAUAUCUCUCCCAUCAUCUUACAGCUGCACCCCCAACGAGAUAAAUGCCCUCCUUCAGAUCAAGAAAUCUUUUAACAACCCACGUGUCCUCUCCUCAUGGAAUCCUCAAACCGACUGUUGUACUACCUGGUCCGGCGUCACAUGCAAUAACGGCCACGUCACAGACCUCUUUAUCCCACCCAGCAAACUCUCAGGUCAGAUCCCUGACCAAAUCGGCGACCUCCUUGACCUCCGUGUACUUUCUUUCAAUUACUUGCCACAUCUCACCGGAAACAUACCACGUACCAUCACCAAACUCAAGAACCUUGACUCCCUCAUCUUAAGGCAUAACAAUCUCUCCGGUCAAAUUCCUGAAUACAUCAGCGAGCUCAAAAACCUAACGUUCUUGAACCUUUCCCAUAACAACUUUACCGGCCCUAUUCCCGGUUCGCUUUCUCAGAUGCCGAUGCUUCAGAACAUUAUAUUGGAACACAAUCAGCUAACCGGUUCUGUACCGAACUCUUUCGGCUCCUUUGUAGGCAAAGUCCCUAAUCUCUCCUUGUCUAACAAUAAGCUCUCAGGAAAAAUACCGGAGUCGUUGUCGAAGAACGACUUUAACGGAGUAGAUCUGUCGAAAAACAGUUUCACAGGAGAUGGUUCAAUGUUUUUCGGACGGAACAAAACAUCAAUAACAAUUUUUCUGUCGAGAAACAUGUUUGAGUUCGAUCUCUCCAAGGUUAAGUUCGCUGAGAGCAUACUGGAUUUGGAUCUGAGCCAUAACCGAAUCUUUGGGAACCUUCCAAGGGAGUUGACUGGGCUAAGUCUCCGGCGUUUCAACGUUAGUUACAAUCGUCUCUGCGGAAAAAUCCCACGUGGUGGUCUCCUUCAGACCUUUAAAUCAUAUGAAUUCUCACACAACCGGUGUCUUUGUGGGCCUCCACUUAAGAAGGCUUGUUAA